AUGCAUUUCCUUUCUAAAAUCGAUCCAUUAAAGCUUCGGAUUUCCCUCUAUGCCGUGGCGGUGUUGCACUUUAGCGGGAAAGUCAUUUGGUACGGCUUUGGCGAUUUGUUCUUCUACGAGAAACUUGAGAGUGGAGACAUGACUGUUGAAGGGAUACAAAUGAAUGUGAUCAUUUACAUUGGAAUCAAUAUAUUGACGAUCGCUGAUCUUCUUCUCUUUCUCACCUCAAUUAUCUUGUCGAUUAUUGGAUUUCGAAACGGGAUCAAGUCACUUUCACUCACGCAUGCUAUUUACAUGGGUAUGGAGGUGAAAGUUUGGUAUGGGAACUUUGAGGACAGUCUAAUCGACGCGGAAACAAUCGAUCUCUAUCUCUCAAUGUAUCUCUUUUUAACUUCAAUGAUUUCACUCAUCAUUUUCUCUGUUCACUAUCGUCAAAUCUAUCCAUUGAAGAGUCAUUCGCCGACUUUCGGAACAAUUCCACCGCCAUCAAGAAGGACCACGUUUAUUGUU